AUGUCUGAUAAAAUCACAGCAGAAAAUCUCCUUCACAACCUUGUGGAUACAUUAUCAGACAGGCCAAAGAAAGUAUCAUUCUUCGAGGAAGAUAAAUCAAAAUCAGUGAGCUCCGAGAUCAACAGACUGUUUGGACGCGAGAAACCCGUACACCAUCUCUUAGGAGGUGGAAAAUCUGCGGAUGUUAUGUUAUGGAGGAACAAGAAGAUUUCUGCUAGUUUUUUAUCUGCCGCAACAAUUGUAUGGGUGCUAUUUGAAUGGCUCAAUUAUAAUUUUAUUUCUCUUCUAUGCUUUGCCUUGGUUCUUGGCAUGCUCGUGCAGUUUCUAUGGUCAAAUGCUUCUAGUUUGUUUAACAGUACACCGUCUAAUGUGCCCCGUCUUGUUGUCCCAGAAGAGUUAUUUGUGAAUAUUGCAACUGUAAUCGGGAAUGAGGCUAACCGUGGAUUGAGCUUUCUUCAAGAUAUUUCUUGUGAAGGAAACUUGAAGCUUUUUCUCAUUGCUGUAGCAGGUUUGUGGGCUGGUUCAGUGAUCGGGAGCUGGUGCAAUUUUUUGACUGUCAUAUAUAUUGGUAUUAUUGCUGCACAUACACUUCCAGUUCUGUAUGAAAAGUACGAGAACGAAGUCGACGACUUCGUGUACAAAGUCAUUGGUCAGAUGCAACAUAACUAUAAAAAGCUGGAUGCUGGUGUGCUCAAAGGAAAGCUCAAAGGAAAGAAGCAUGAUUAG